UGACGAAAGUGAACCAAAGAAAAGUCUUUUUCUAGAAAUGCAUAGCAAGUGAAUCAAAAGAACAUAUCGAAAAUGUAAAUAGAUAUAAUGUUAUUCAUUGUUAAAUUGUUCUACUGUAUACUUGUGCUAGUUAAUUUCUUGAAAAACUAAAAAAGACAAUGAAUCCAAGGGCAAGUGACUCUAAGAAUAAAGCAAAGAUUCUUAAUGAUUUAUUUGUCAUUUGAUAGUAGUUGCAUAUCGCGCUUUCAACUAUUUGAAAUACAAUAUUUUUGUAAGCCUUCCGAUUGAUUAAAUUUUCAUAAUAUAUUCAUUUUCUAAUCGAAAAUGGGAUCAAAUUAGCCAUUUAGUUAAAAACCAGAUGUUAUAAGAAUAUUAAAUGUAAAUCUCUAAUCAAACAUUUACUAUCACAUCAUAUCUAUUAUCCAAGCACUUUAGAUUGAUAAUGAUCAUGUGGGUUAUUUAUUUUCAAAUCGCAGUUACACGAUUACUGCAAGCAAUAGGAUCUAUCGAUAAUUCUAAUCAAUCUUUUGACAGUGCUUCUAGUAACGGGCACGAAUCGCAUACAUGUAUAUUUGGAAUAACUUUUAGUUUUUUAUUGAAUAAGAAACAAUAAAAGUUGCUUCUGUUCAUUAUUUCCUGAUGAGUACCGAUUACAUUGAUUUAUUCCUUGAAAGUCAUUUUUUUAAAUCAAAUAAAAGAGGCCAUGAUAUUAUUUUCAAAAACAUGCUAUAUCAAAUAAUAAGAUUAACUUUUGUUGAAUUUCGUCUGUUAGCUACCAAUAGCUACGUGAAACAAGAAUACCCAAUAAAGAUUUUACUUAGACACAUUUGAUGAAAAAACUGUUUCCCUUUUAUCACGAUAUGAUUAAUAGUAAAGAAUGCAAUGGAUAUGAUAACAAUAAUGUUGCUUAAUGAAACUAAUGAAUAAAUUUUCAUCGGAGAUUGAUUUAUAUUUUAAAAAUAGAUGAGCUGUAACAACAGAUAAAUAAACAUAUUAGUUUUUUUUCUUUGAUUCCAUUCUAAUUCAGACUGAAGCUCAAUUGAUGAUAUACAAAGUUUCUCGAAACAAAAUAAUAUUCUUGUAGAAUUUCCAGCCUCUUUAUAUCAGCCACCGAUAUGGUGAAAGAUACCUACCCGGACGAGAUAUGAAGAUUUUCUUUAUGACUAGGCUGUACUUCUACGAGUUUUUUGGAAUUCGAUUAUAUACAUACAUAUACAUAUACGUUCACAACUAUCCCACUACACUGUAAAGUAGAAAAUAAGUUAUAGAGUUUAAUCAAGGAUAUUCUAGGAAUGCCUAUGCGAAUUCAACCAGGUUUUUUCAAGUCUAUGAAAAUCAAUGCCGAUUUUCAACGAAUAGUGUUUUUCCGGUGAAUAAAUUUGAAUUUCUACUAUUUCGAAAAUCAAGCAUUUCAUAGAAAUCCGAAAAUUAACUAGCGAAUCAUGAAUUUUAAAAAUGAGGUGACCAUACUGUAACGAAAUAUUGUUUGAUGAUAAGUGGAUAGUUUAUAUUCAUUACUGCUGCAGCUUUUAUUUUUUAUUGGUAAUCACAAAGAGAAACUGGAAGAGUAGUGUUACCGCUAUCCAUGGUGUAUAAGAUAUUAGUUACACUACUCCAUUCUCUAAUUUUCCAGUUCUGUUCCAGCUCUGAUAUAUAAUACAAUGCACUCGCUUUACAUACGUGCACACCAAAGAGAAAGUGCAGAAGGAAAGAACAGAAAACAGAUAUGAUAGACAUUUCCAUCUUACAUUAAUUACGUUCAGAAACGUAACCACAUCGCGCAAAGAUUUCUGAAUAAUAUAAAGAAGAAGAUCAGAUACAUUAAUGAUAGUAGUAGGUUGUACAACAUCCGUUGAGAAUAAUACAUUCUAUAACACACAUGAGAACGUAAUAAUCCUGUCUGCACGACAGUCCCACAGGGUAAUUACAAAAAAUGAAUACCAAAUAUAUGAGCAAUAAAGGAUGUCCAUGUAUUAUUGGCACAGAUAGUACUUGAUCUAGUGAAUUAAAUGAUGUAAUUUGUCCUCGAAAAGAUGCCAACCUUCCACUCGAAAAAUAAGUUUUUUAACAAAAUUUAUAUGUUUUUGCUGGAAAUGAUGGAAUUGAGAAAGAAGAAUGACUUCAAUGAUGGCAUUAAAACAUGGACAGAACGGAACAAAAACGAAAGUAUGUGUUUGUUUCUUUAUUGUUACUCACUCAAAGCGAAUCGUAUCUUGAUGAAAAUCAUACAAUUCGAUAGAAAAAUGUUUUGUCUAUUCCGCAAUCUAAAAAUCAGCUCAAAUAAACUUCAAGAAGCGGAGAUAUAGAGGUUUUACUGGAACAUUUCAAAAGUAGUGAUGUCAUUUGGAUCUACCACUCUAUAGCAUUCGUUUAGAAUUAAAAUUUGUAUCAUACGAAACUCUUAUACUUCAAGCUAGCCACGGAAAUUAGCAACACUAGAUUGAGACAAUCAGACAAAAUUUUUUCCUCAUGCUUCGUUCCACACCCUAAACAAAAAAGAUGAUUUUACCGAACCCCCCAAAAAGGUUUCGCAGGUGCCUAAAAGCUUCCAAAUACGUUGAAAGGCUUGAGAAAGCGGCUGUUAGAAUUUACGAAACCUUAAAAGCAUCUGAUCGUUGGCAUACGGUCGGAACCAUCUCCUACGAAACCUUUUUUGUUUAAAGUCCAUAUUAUAUCUAUUUGUGAAAAAAAUCAUUUUUCGUCCUCAAUUGCACUCACACCUACAUCGAUAAAAAUCGAUUUUGUUACAGCUGGUAUCGAUCUGCAUCUAUAUGUUUCAUCUAUCUCGCACAAAUUCUAUAGCACACAUUUUUUCACUAUGAUUCACUUAUUGAAAAGGCGAAAGAAAAAUAAAGCAAAAGCGUUCUUUUAAAAUUGAAAGGUUUAUUAAUUGCUACAAGUAUGUUGUUCAGAGAAUUACGCUUGAAGAAAAAAGUGUACUUUUUUAAACGAAGCAAUGUAUCUACGAUUUCAAUACAUCAAUAUGAUGAAAAUACAUCUUAUUCAACUAGUCACUUAUGCUUUCUUGUAUGCUUAGAAACAAAAAAGAAAUUCAUGUGAUGUAUCCUUCUAUUUAUUUCGCAGUGAAAAUAAAUAUGCUUCUCCUGACACAAAUUGGAUUGCCAUCAUUCUUUCUUACUUAUUGUUUUGUUCGGGCAUGAAUUCAUAAACAGUUUGAAAAGAUCUAACAGAGUAAAACUCAAACAAGCUACGACAAAUAAUCGGAAGCGAUGGCUGAUGAAGCGGCGAGAAAGAUUUCUAUUUUGCACUUCUCAAAUUUUGAUCAAGUAUCAUUUGUUCCUGUUUGCUUUCGUUUUGGUAAUAUCACGUUUUAAAUAUAUUUUAUUAUGUUCAGACGACGUCAGGAAACGGUUCGGACGAAAAUCUAAGUGGCAAUUCAUCUAAUCCAGCAACUGCUCGAAAUAUUAAGACGGAUUUGGAAUCAGUUCCUGAAAUUCCAGACACUGGAAUCAGCAAGGCCAAAGGCUUACCAACAAUUUUACAAGUUAUUUUUGUCGGCAUCACAUUAGCACAACAACAACGACGACAACAACGUCAACAACUAGUACCACAUCAACGACUACGACUACCACUACGACAACAACAACGACAACAACUACGACGACAACUACAACAACAACGACCACUACGACUACAACCACUACAACAACGACAACAACUACGACGACAACUACAACAACAACGACCACUACCACUACAACCACAACGACCACUACGACUACAACCACUACGACAACAACGAGUACUACUUCAACAACAACGACAACAACAACUACCACGACAACUAAAACGACGACUACCACAACAACUACAACAACAACUACCACCACGACAACGAAAACUACGACUACUACCACAACAACUGCAACAACAACUACAACAACAACCAGCCAAACAACAACAACAAGUCACCUCAGCUGCUUGUCCUACAGGAUAUGUUCGAACGCCAUCUGGCUCAUGUGUCAAUCUCCUCAUCGAUUUCAAUAACUGUGGCUCCAUUGGUUAUGUUUGUGCUUCAUCAUAUACAAGUUGCUCAAAUGGAGCUUGCAGUGGCGCACCUGCCGUACAGCUUACAGGGGGUGUCACAGUCCCUGGUUGGGGAGGUACAGUUAAUGUCGAUGAUGCCUAUGUGACUCUUAGUCUGCCAUUCUCCAUAUCAUUAUAUGGCUACGUCACAUCGAGUGCGUCCGUUCAGAGUAAUGGCUGUGUCUGUCUGUCCGGCUGCUCCAGUGCUUACACAAACGGACCUUUACCAAGUGGUAGCUUUAGUGGACCAACAGCAUUUGGUUAUUGGGAUGACCUUUAUAUAUAUGCAGGUACAUCUCAAAGCGUCUACUAUGGUACAACAGGUACAUAUCCUAAUAGAAACAUGAUCUUUGAGUUCUACAUGGCUCACUUCAGUGGACCAACUCUAUAUUACCACUUCCAAAUAGUGUUUUACGAGUCAUCACCCAAUAUCGUGGCCUAUUCAUAUUUCCAGUCGUCUGAUGGAGGUUCUUCAGCUACCAUUGGCGUUCAGUCUUCUGGAAGUGGUCCCAGCAUGACAUAUUCGGUGGAUACAUCAGGAGCUGUACCAGUUGGCUCACUAUCACAAAACAGUCCAACAAUGACCCUGACAUUCAAUACCAAUGCUGGUACAUAUUCAAGCAGUGGAUGA